UCUCUCUCCCUCUCUCUAUGUCGCUCUAUGUGCUGCACAGUUUGAUAUAUGUUGUAACUCUGCUCCCCACUAGCCUCAACCACUCCACACUAUGACAGUCUCCAGAUCAGAACCCUGCGAGGAGGCCCAGUAUAGACCCCGUCUGGGACAUUAUCAGUUAGACAAGGCCCUAGGUGCCGGCAACUACGCUGUGGUCCGCCUUGCUGUUCAUUGUAUUACCGGGACUAAGGUCGCAAUGAAGAUAAUUGACAAAUCAAAGCUCUGCAAGGAGGAUCUAGCAAGACUCUUUCGAGAGGUUCAAAUAAUGAAGCUAUUGGACCAUCCUAACAUUAUUAGAUUCUACCAAGUCGUGGAGAACUUUCAGUACAUCCACUUGGUCUCUAGUUUCGCUGAAAACGGCGAACUUUAUGAGCACGUCAUGAAGAAAGGGAGUCUAAGUGAACCAGAGGCCCGGAAAUACUUUGUUCAGAUUUGUAACGCUAUCUCAUACUGCCACGAUAAGGGUGUCGUUCACAGGGAUCUCAAGAUCGAGAACGUGCUGUUAGAUUGCAACAACAAUGUCAGAAUAGCAGAUUUUGGGUUCAGUAACUACUUCAAGCCUCCCCGAUUAUUGGAAACAUUUUGUGGGAGCCCUCAGUACGCUGCUCCUGAGAUAUUUAAUGGAAAACACUACGAUGGUUUCAAGACUGAUAUUUGGAGUCUAGGUAUAAUUCUAUACGUGCUAGUAACGGGCGGAUUACCAUUCGACGGAGAUUCAAUAGCAGAAGUUAAACAGAAUGUUCUCCGGGGCAGAUUCAGAGUUCCUUACUUCGUCAGUCAUGAGUGUGAACACCUUAUCAGAAGCAUGUUAUCGCUGGAACCAGAGAAACGUCCCAGUGUGGAAAGUGUACUGUCACACAGCUGGAUGCAGGGUGAUCAACUCGUUGAUAAGCAAUCACUCGACCAGCAUAACAGCAGAGGACUCAACAGAAAUAUCUUAACAUUAAUGGAGAAUAUCGGCAUUUCCAAAUCCAAAGUAGUUGAGAGUUACAACUCGUACCUUUUCAACGAUUUUACCGCCAUUUACAAGUUGUUGGCAGACCAGCUUCACACCAAGGGAUCUAUCGACACCAAACCUAUCAAAGAAUGGCUUCGUCAAGAAGUUCGAAACAGCGGCAGAUCGACAUCAGAAGAACAUCCCAUACAACCAGAAGCUCCUCCACCCCAGAAACACACUCACAAAAAAGUCAGCUCCAAGCAAGGCCUCGACAAGGUCCUUCACAACGCCAAAAACAGGGCUCUAUCAGCAAUUUUUAACAAAAACAAUGAGGAAUCAUCAGGGAAAUCAAAAGCGAAACACAAAGAACUUAAAGGAGUCGCUAAACAUGGGCCCUCGCCGUUAGUUUCAAGUCUGAUUUCGCCCAGAACAGUUUUAGACUUACCUCAAUCUUCGAACAAUAGUAUAUUUCAUCGAACUGUUUUCGGUUUUUCGUCAAGAAAAACGGCUUCAAGAUCGACGAGUAGUUCACAGCAGUUACCAAAUUCAGCCAGGUGACAUUUCAUCUUCAGUUUCUAAUUGAAUUGAAUUAAAAAUCUCAGUUUGAAAUAAAAAUGAAGAGGUGCGUUUUACUUGUUAUACACUAUACAGUAUAAGAUUUCGCAAAUAGAUUAAAGGCGAUGACAAUUUUUGCUUCAAAUUUUAUUUAAUACGAGAAUUUAUCAUUUACAAAAACCGUCAGCUAUUAUUAAAUUAAAAUUGUUAACAAGAUUAUAGGUUCUACUAUACUUGUCACUUGAUUUAAUUAUUAUUUUAUUAAAGCUAUAACUAAUUUAGGAUAAUAUUUAAAGAGUUUUUAAUUUA